GUUCAGCUAGAGUUAGUAGCUCUACUAUCUUUUGUUUGGCCCGUCAGAAACAAUCCAAAAGAGUUUCACGGUAUACAGUUAUCGGUGAAUUGUGAGACUUUACCUUGUUCCAAACCCUAAUUCCCAAUUUUUCUCUCGCACCUUCGUAGCAGCCAUGUCGAGGAGAAAGACCAGAGAGCCGAAGGAAGAGACCGUCACUCUAGGCCCUGCCGUGAGAGAAGGAGAGCAUGUUUUUGGCGUUGCUCAUAUUUUCGCAUCCUUCAAUGACACUUUCAUUCAUGUGACUGAUUUGUCUGGAAGAGAAACUCUAGUUCGUAUUACUGGUGGGAUGAAAGUCAAAGCUGAUAGGGAUGAAUCAUCUCCCUAUGCUGCUAUGCUUGCGGCCCAAGAUGUUUCACAGCGAUGCAAGGAACUUGGUAUCACUGCUCUCCAUAUCAAGCUCCGUGCUACUGGAGGCAACAAAACCAAGACUCCUGGACCAGGUGCUCAGUCUGCUCUUAGGGCCCUUGCUCGUUCAGGCAUGAAAAUUGGCCGUAUUGAGGACGUGACACCAAUCCCAACUGACAGUACCCGCAGAAAGGGAGGAAGAAGGGGAAGGAGGCUGUGAAUGUUCUUUCGACAUGGAUCAUAUGGCUUAGUCGUCUAUGGAUACGGCUGGAGGGACAUCAGUUUACAGCCUAUCCGCUGAAGCCUCUGCCCAGCACUCGUUAGUUGAAACCGUUGUCGUUUAUUUAGGAAGUCAAAACCCGUUUUGAGUUUAGAUUGCCCUUUAUGCACGAGGUUUAAAAAGCAAUUUUGAUGCUAUUAGAGAGCAUAUAAACUUUUAGAUUGAAUUUAGAUCAUUUGAAUUCGUUGCUCCUUGAUUUUUCUUAGAUAAUUAUAAAUUGCAUAGACGGUUGUUUUGUUUUGAUAUCUUGUUUCAUGUUAUAAUUUCUAAUCUUUUUAUUUUCCAACAUUGUUGUGUAUACAUAAAAAUCCUUGUUGUGUAUCGAACUAGCGAUAUAUCAAUUUUUUUAUCUCA